ACAUGGCACUACUUCCUCAACUGAACUUGGAUCUUAAAAUACAAUUUGCACAAAGACUUAUUGCUAGUAGGCCUAUUCUUCUGGCGCUUUUCUACGAGAAUUGUAUACGGCGCCUUUAUAUCAGUGCAAUGAAUUACGAAAUAUGUCUUCCUGCUACGACUGGUAUGAUCUCAUCAAUGCUGAUAAUGCGGGUACAAAUGGACCAUCUAUUCGAACAGACACACCAUCAGCACAUGAUACUAGACGAUGAAGUAUUUACGCUGGACAAUCAACAUAUUCUUCAUCUUGACUGCCUGUCUUAAUUUGGUAGUCACGCCGACAGCUUUCGAACAUAUUGAUCAGGAUGUUCUUGAGAUUCUCUGUGAUGAUUCCUUGACCAUAAGGAUCUCUAAAGAUUCGACCUAUCUCGGCUGUUACAAUCGCACAUGCUUUCACAAUAUAACACAUUCGACUGUCAACGACAUCGACGAAUGUACAAUUAGUUGCAGAAACAACAGCUACCCCUUUGCAGCAGUGUCCCGAGGACACUUAUGUUAUUGUGGGACGUUUACAUGCCAGAGAACUGACGCAGAAUGUGAUGUUAAAUGUGGAGUACCUUGCAGUAUCAGCAAUGGGGAAGUCUUCAGAACAUGCGGUGGAAUCGAAUUUAUUCAGGCAUAUGAAUUACCUAACAUGGAGAGUGAAGGUCUGUCUUAUCUUGGCCUCUGUCUUGUCAUUCCUGUUCCUGUCACCCUCCUCAUUACCGUAGUUGUGGCCCUCACGAUUUAUUAUCUUCCAAGAUGUCUAGCAAGACCGCCUUCCCCGCCAACAGGCCUGCCUCCAUCACCUGAAAGCUCGGACCAUCGAUACUCGACGUACAUUGUUGAUGAUACUAGAAGAACUGAAGACUACACGACGCUGAUAAUGCAAGUAGCACCAAACCCUGGAUCCGAAGGUAACGACUGUCCAACACGUGCGUUGGAAGCAGAUUCCAGACAUUACAGCAUUCCUGACUGCAUCGCCCAAGCUCAAGGCACACGCACAGUUCCAGGUUUAGGCGGUCCAACAGACGCAGUUCCCGACUCUUCUAAAUAUUCUUCAUCAGAAGAGGACUACAUUCAUAAAUGUGAAUACCCUCUGUACCAAAUCAUUUCUGACGAAACGCACGCAGGUCAGCUGGAAGGCUUCGAAGAUCAGGAAUCGGACUGCAGCGACGACGGGUAUAUUGACCCAGAAUAACUCAUUUGGAUCAGUGUGCUGUAUGACAAUCAUUUCUCAAUGACUGAAAAUGUUGCUAAAUCGUACGUCAGUUUAAGGGGGGGGGUCGUCUAAUAAAACAAACAACAUUGGAAAAGAAAAUUAUGCAAUGAUUUAUGUUUUAUGGAAGGGGAAGUUUACCAUGACUACAAAAACUGUUUAAUCAAAUAAACGAUUAAUUUACAGUAUGAAUGCAUCGAAAAGCUGAAUUAUUAAUUGUUAAAGAUAUUAAGGUAUGUCGUGAUCAGGAGCACCCCAUAUCUCAUAUCCGAUAGAUAAUAAUAAAUUGCGAAUUUUAUGGUUCGUGAUGACUAAAAAUGGUUUUCUUGUAGAAGCGCGGGUAUGAAGUGACCUAUCUGAAGAUGUUAAAAAUGCACAAAUGAAA